CCUGGCUUAUGGCUUCACAGAGCUGAGCCAUCUGAGAACUGAAACUCACCCUGGCUUUUUCACAAUGGGGAACCCUAUGGGACUGGCUGAGAGGGGCCUGAGAGAUGCUGAGUGGGGGUGUCUGAUGGAAAAUUACAGACUGAAAGUCUCACUUCACAUUCCUCCACUGCUGAGAAGUCCUCAAAGACAAAGAGGAAGCGUAUGUACAGGGAAAUUUCCCUUUCUCCCACAACUUCCCCUGCCUCCACCCACCUACAGCUGAAGAAGCAUCUCUGUCUUCUAAAGGAAGGGCCAUGGGACAGACUUGUACCUAGUAUUGUGAGUGUGUGCUUGGGACCCCUUUCGGGAGAAGCCCACUGGGCCCCCAGCCCAGGACGCACAUAUUCAGCCCACACCCUUCACCACUGACAGCUGCCAGACUCUUCUGGAUGUGUCUUUACCACAUGCCUCAGUGCCAAGAGGUGACGGCAUUAUUCGUGCUCUUCAGGACCAGACCCACCACAAUCCCAGCCUCUAUGUCCAGAGGACACACAACAAACACCAGCAACUCCCUGUCUGGCUCUUGGCACUAGCUAACCCACUUCCCUGGGACUGACCGUGCAUGGAGCUGAGCAGAUUGCAGGGGAGCAAGGGGUCAUUCUCUCAGGAAGAUUUAAGGCUGAGAGAGGAGGUGUGAUUUGCCAAGAUCACACAGCAGGCCUCAGGCCACCACGUACUGUCUUGGCUUUGCCUCUCAAGCCCUCCUGUCCUACCCUGUGCGGUCUCACUGUCCGAGGCAGGGCUAUGGACAGGAAAGUGGCAAUCCACAAGGAUGAGGUCUCCUGGAUCCCUGAGGAAGGAGAAACGUUGGACCGGGAAGGCAAGGACCAGGUGAAGGAUCGGGGCCAAUGGACCAACAAGAUGGAGUUUGUGCUGUCAGUGGCCGGGGAGAUCAUUGGGCUGGGCAAUGUCUGGAGGUUUCCCUAUCUCUGCUACAAAAAUGGAGGUGGAGCCUUCUUUGUACCCUACUUCAUCUUCUUCCUCAGCUGCGGCAUCCCAGUGUUCUUCUUGGAGGUGGCGCUGGGCCAGUACACCAGCCAGGGAAGUGUCACAGCCUGGAGGAAGAUCUGCCCCCUCUUCCAGGGUAUUGGCAUAGCAUCCGUGGUCAUUGAGUCCUAUUUGAAUAUCUACUACAUCAUCAUCCUGGCCUGGGCACUCUUCUACUUGUUCAGCUCCUUCACCUCCGAGCUGCCCUGGACAACAUGUACCAAUCCCUGGAACACAGAGCAUUGUGUGGACUUUUUGAACCACUCGGGAGCCAGCACAGUGACCUACUCUGAGAACCUCACCUCUGCUGUCAUGGAAUUCUGGGAGAGACGGGUUCUGGGAAUCACCUCGGGCAUCCAUGACCUGGGGGCCCUGCGCUGGGAGCUGGCCCUGUGCCUCCUGCUGGCCUGGAUCAUCUGCUACUUCUGCAUCUGGAAGGGGAUCAAGUCCACGGGCAAGGUUGUUUAUUUCACGGCCACGUUUCCCUACCUCAUGCUGAUUGUCCUGCUGAUCCGAGGUGUCACUCUCCCCGGAGCCUACGAGGGUAUCAUCUACUACCUGAAGCCAGACCUGCUCCGUCUCAGGGACCCCCAGGUGUGGAUGGACGCAGGCACCCAGAUCUUCUUCUCCUUUGCCAUCUGCCAGGGCUGCCUCACGGCCCUGGGCAGCUACAACAAGUACCACAACAACUGCUACAGGGACUCCAUCGCCCUCUGCUUCCUGAACAGUGUCACCAGCUUUGUGGCUGGCUUUGUGGUCUUCUCCAUCUUGGGCUUCAUGUCCCAGGAGCAGGGAGUGCCCAUUUCUGAAGUGGCCGAGUCAGGUCCUGGUCUGGCCUUCAUCGCAUUCCCUAAGGCUGUGACCAUGAUGCCUUUAUCCCAGCUGUGGUCCUGCCUUUUUUUCAUCAUGCUGUUAUUCCUAGGCCUGGACAGCCAGUUUGUCUGCAUGGAGUGCCUGGUGACAGCCUCUGUGGACAUGUUCCCCCAGCAGCUCCGGAAGCGUGGGCGGCGAGAGCUGCUGAUCCUUGGCAUCUCAAUCAUGUGCUACUUGGUAGGGCUCUUGCUGGUCACCGAGGGUGGGAUGUACCUCUUCCAGCUCUUUGACUACUAUGCCUGCAGCGGCAUCUGCCUGCUCUUUCUCUCCGUAUUUGAAGUCAUCUGCAUCAGCUGGGUGUACGGGGCAGACCGGUUCUAUGACAACAUUGAGGACAUGAUUGGCUACCGGCCUUGGCCACUGGUGAAGAUUUCCUGGUUCUUCCUGACCCCAGCACUUUGCUUGGCCACCUUCCUCUUCUCCCUGAGCAAGCACACGCCGCUCACAUACAACAAUGUUUAUGUCUACCCUCCCUGGGGCUACUCCAUUGGCUGGUUCUUGGCCUUCUCCUCUAUGGCCUGUGUUCCCCUCUUCAUGGUUAUCACCCUCCUGAAGACCCAGGGUUCCUUCAAGAAGGUAGCGCCUGUGCCAGCUCAUCAUCCCCGAUCCCAGCCUGCCACAGCCCAGGCAACACCUACACCUGGACAAUGGGCCUGGCCAGGACUGUGGGCCGUUCCCACUGAAGGAAGGAUUCACUGCUGGGGAGAAGGAGACCGAACUAUAGGAAGGGCCAGGGGCCAGGGGGCCCUGGAGCCAGGAACCCGGGCAAGGCUACCCUUCUCCAAGGAUAACCUCAGCCUUCAGUCCUCUGCCUCUGUCCUGCUGAGACCUCUAGGAGACCCUGGGUCCAGCCAGAUGCCUCUUCCCAUCCUUUCCAACUCUGCUCCAGGCAGCUGCCUUUGCAUUGACUCUUAUGCCAAGCCCCUGACUUCUCAGAUGAGAAAACCAAGGACCUGACAGACAAAGGAACUUUUUCAAGUUUGCAGGAGCAGCCUGAGACAGGCCUCAGACCUGAUGCGUUGUGCUUAGGCUGGUGUUCCUCCCGUCGUGCCCCUGCCCUAGUUAAUGAGCACGUUCAGAUUGUUGCCACCACAGGCUCUUCUUUGUCUCACCCUACACCUGCUCAGCCUUCCUGGGGGAAGGGGGGAAGCCCUUGGGCUGGUGCCCCACAUCAGGAUUCCUCUGCCCAUCCCAUCGCAUUUGCUCUCUGGAUUUCUCACGCUGCUUUUCAUCUCCCCUUCCCCAGGGUGCCAAGGGUCUCCCACGGGAAGAGGGGCAGUGUGCCAGGUGCUCAUGGCUCCCACAGAUGGCUCCCUCCCUGCCUAACCUCUCCUGUUCCAUUUCCCACCUAAUCCUCCUCCCAUGCACCCACAGAGUUGCAGCAGCUCCUCCCGUGCAUCUAGAAGGGGAAGGAGGAGAGGGAGUGUGGCAGACUAGAACACUUCAGGAGAGCGUCCUGGGGCACCGGAGCGGCCUAGGGAAUGGUUGCCUGGGUAGCUUUCACCCAGAACCACUGCCCCAGGGACCCAGUGAGCUCUUUCUCCCAGGCCCCAGGUCUGUGAGGACUCCUCUGCCUGAGAGGUGGGUCCCUUGGUCACAGCAGAUGCCCUGACUUCUGGCGACCCCUUCUGCCUCCUUCUGGUCUGUUCUUGUACCAGUGCCAGCCCUGCUGGGACCAGCUAGUGGGGAAAGGAGGAGUACCCAGGGAAAGCACGGGGAAAUUGCCUCUGCCGGUGCCCGGUUGUUGCCAGUCCAGGGUCCCAUCGAAACCAGCCAUGGGCCGGUGUGGUCUCACUGCUGCCCCCUGGUGGCAGGGGGAAGCAGGGUGGCAUCGUGCCUCCCGCAGCCCCCAGAAUAGAAGGGCGCUCUUUCCUGUCCCUCACUCUGUUCUUACCGCGGCCUUAACGACCCCUCACCCGUGAGGCUCAUCUGAUGCCUCACCCCUGGCCUCACUGGAGACCUUAGCAGCGGCCUGAGACCUCACCCUGGCCGGCCAGGAGACCACACUGCCUCUUCGCCCGAGCCCUCACCGCGCACGAGCCUGCCCCCAGCCCGCCCUCACCGGAGCCUCACUGCCCCUAGAGGAUGCCUCACUCCAGCCCUCACCCAGAACUCACUGAGGGCCUCACUGGCGACCUCACCCCUUCUCACAGGCACCUCUGCCCUGGCCUGUGCCUCCCGGAGCAUGGAGUUGCGGAGCUGUGCCCUGAAGUCAGACACCCUGUGGGAUGUGACGGUGGGCGUCCCCCGUCCCCCGGCAGCCAGCCUUCCCAGACCCAAGCUCCCCAGCCUGAGCCCACGAGCGUUCUGGUCAGCGCCGGGCAGCUCGGCGCCCUCCCAGUCCGUGUCUGCAGACACCGCCUUCCCUCGCCCCGCAGAUGUUCACCAGCACAAGAGCUGCGGAAUCACUGCUUUAAAUUCACAGCUGCGGGGCUGUUUCCGUCAGACACAGGACUCUGCGGGAGGCUUGUGUCUGCCGCGCUCCCCUCCCUUCUGCCUCCUCAGGACCGGUUCAAAGGGAGUAGAGGGAACAGGCAGCCAGGGAAAGGGAUUUCAGAUCAAGGUCAAAGCUCUUGGGAACCCACUCUUAAUGGGUCCAUGAUAUGGGCAUGGAGCAACGAUUUCACUCUUUCAGUACCCAGAACACUAAUAAGUGUGUGUGUGUGGGGGGCAUACAUGUACAGCUGCGCACAAAGAGUGGUCAUGCAGAUUUGCAGUCUGUUUUGUCUCAUAUCCUAGACUCCGAGUUUCAGACUGGAGACCAGAGGUCUAAUCUGGGAGGCAUGGUUUUUUUGGCCACUACAGCAUUAAAAAAAAUUUUUUUUAAAGUGAAUGCCCUCAUGUGGUAGAUGGUGGUGGUUUCUGGUUUGCUGCCAUUCCCUAUGGUAGCACUCAGUUUUGAGGACAUCUGAGUUCAUCACCUGGGGAAACAUUUGAGCAACGGAGGGAGCCAGAACCCUGCCCCGAGCAGGAGGGAAAAGCAGAGGACAGUGGUCAUUGGAGUGGUCACACAUGGCGGGCCUCCCAUUCUCUAGACCCUUCCGUGAAUUCUGGAUCAGUUCCCCCGCUCUCCCAGGCUUGUCCUUAUCCCCGAGAAGGGGAAGGGGGUGGCUGACCGUAACUUCAGAGCUAGCUUUGAGGUAUCAGGCGGCAAUAGCUCCUGUGUGGCAGUGAGGAUUCUAGGUGAAUGGUCCGUGGAAGCCACAGAGAGGUGCACAUGGAGGGACUAAGGUCCCCGGCAUCAAGCCUCACAACUUGUGUGAGCCACUGGGAGGUGGGCUCCACAGCCCCAGGCCUCCUUCAAGUCUCCAUGGGCUGGGCUGACACAUGGCCUGCGGCUCCAUGGAAGCUCCUGCACAGCAAGGCCCUGCAGUGGCCCUGGACUCUGGCCCGUGGUAAAGGAUAAAAAACAUGGAUGUCAUUUGGAGCCACUUGUUUUUGGAGUGACCUGUUAGAGUAGCAGAUAACUAACCCAGUAGAUAACUGACCCUGGCUUUGAGAGUACAGGAAGUGCCUCUUUGAGGGUCAUGGUGGCCCUCAUCUGAGAGGGAUGAUUCCCUGGGCUCUUCCUGUCCUAACCCUUUGGCUUUCUCCUUACCGGCACUUCCCCUGACCCCUCAGAGCCCGCCAUGACCCUUGCUUGCUUUUUCUCCUGUUCUGCAUCAGGUGAGGCCUGGCUGCCUCUGUCCCUGGUGCUCUUUCUCUUCACGUGACUGGCUCCCCGAUGACUGAGCCACGUGGCUUCCCUGCAGGGCUGACUACUCAGUGAAGUAACAGGGCCUGAUUGGAUCUGACAGGGAUGAAAAGCUUGUUAACCGCCCAUGGUUACACAGAGGCCAGGGGAGGACGUGUGCUGGGGAGGAUGGAGAGACCGACAGGAGGAAGCCUGGCCAGCAGCAUGGGACUGAGGUGCUUUGUUGGCCCAGACCUUGGGUCAUGCUUUUCAACUUUCUCUGCUCCCAGUUGGAUGACCAGCAGUCAGGUCGCUCCUCUGGUCUGAGAUGGGCAUCGAAUUGUUAUAGACAGAGACUGGAGAGCUUGCUCCUUGCCAGCCUGAGCCCUUGGUGACCUGGAUAUCCCUGAGGUCAGGGCCCAACCCCGUUCCUGUGACAAGAAUCCUACCCAGAAUCUGAUGUAAACUUAUGCUGGGGUUUUCUUUGCCCACAUCCACCUUGCCCCACACUGAGGGAGCCACAGGGGAACGAAGGGCCCGGUCCCUACGCCGGAGCUCAGCUUCCACCCCAGCAGUGCCUUUGCCACAGCAGGCAACCUUCCCCACAAGGAGCUGCCCACGGAGUAAUCAAAGGUGGCCGUGCCAUGCCUGGCCUGAGUUAAUCCUCAAAGAGAGCAGGUGACAUUUGUGUCUGAUAUGGAGAGAAGGUCCCAAGGCAAGGACAGGAACUGCCAGUCUUGCACUGGGCCAGCCACUGUCGGGAGACCUGGGCUCCCUGUCUGUCUCUGUCCACAGCCUCCUUCUCUGUAUUAAAGCUAAUGCUUUGGGCUUUUUUGGUCUUGAUUCUUUUAGGCUUUUUACGUAGACAUUCAGGCUAUCUGGAAAUAAUGGUAGUUGUCUUUUUCCAAUCACUCCAUUCCAUUUCCUUUUUUUUUUUUUUUGUAGUGCUAGGAAUGGAAUCCAGGGCUUCAUGUGUGCUAGGGAAGUGCUUCAGUACUGAGUUACACCCUCAGCCCUUCUUUAAGAUUUUAAUUUGAGACAGGAUCUUGCUAAGUUGCCCAGGGUGGUUUCCAAUUUGGGAUCCUGCUGCCACAGACUCCCAAAUAGCUUGGGACUACAGGUGUGUGCCACCAUGCCUGGUUCCAAUCACUCUUCCUUGUUUCUUUUUCUUGUCCCCCUUUACCAGAGAACUUGAAGUGGUGGCAGCAGAUCUUCUUCCUACUUUUGACGGCAUAGUCUAACAUUUCAUUAUUGAGCAUGAUAGUUGAUACAGAUUUUUGAUAGACACUGUUCAUUAGGCUGUGAAGUUUUUUUCUCUUCCAAAUUUGCUUUUUUUGAAACAAAAAUCAGGGAUAAGCAUUGGAUUUUAUUGAUUGCUUUUUGGCAUCUAUUGAGUUGAUCAUAUUGUUUUUGUCCUUUAGUCUGUUAAGGUAGUGAAUUGCAUGAAGGUUUUCUUCAUAUUAAACACCUUUUCAUUCCUGGAACAAACCCAA